CUCUUUGCAGAUGAUACUCCAUGUAAACUGGUUACAGGCUGUUUCAGAAUAACAUGGAUGGGGAGGAAUUUAUUACCAUUCGUGUCCAAGAUCCUAGACUGCAGAAUGAAGGAUCAUGGACGUCCUAUGUGGAUUAUAAAAUCUUCCUUCAUACCAACAGCAAGGCGUUUACUGCCAAGACAUCCUGCGUGAGGAGACGUUACAGGGAGUUUGCCUGGUUAAGGAAACAGCUGCAGAAAUAUGCCGGCCUAGUGCCUGUUCCUGCAAUGCCAGGGAAAGUUCCUUUUCAUAUGGGAUGCAGCGAUGACUUUAUUGAAAGAAGAAGACAAGGGUUACAGCAGUUCCUGGAACAAUCUGUACAGAACAUGGUCCUUUUGUCGGACAGUCAGCUGCACCUCUUCCUGCAAAGCCAGCUGCCUGUAGAAGAGAUUGAGGCCUGUGUGCAGGGUCGCCGCUCAUACACUGCUGCUGAAACCAUCCUGAAUUAUGCGAUGUCCAACAGAGGCUGGGCCCAGGAGGAAAUCAUUUCCAGAUAGUGGCAGUAGGAGUAGUAAGAGGACCUGAAAUGCGUAGGCUUCAAGCUUUGAACUUUAGUUACAUAAUGGUAAAGGGAAUCCACGCCUCAGUCUGGAACACUGUGCACUUUAUGUGAAGAGCCCCUCGU